AUGGUAUGCAAGCUCAAGAAAGCGAUUUACGUUACGGCCCCUGACAAGCUAAAGCAGGCACCAAGAGCUAAGAAGGGGCCUGGUUCAGCUGGAGCUGGUGAAUUCAAUGAUAGAUUCUUUAGCCAAAAGGCGGGUGGCAUUUUCCGGAGUAAGCUAAGGUAUCUUAUUACGUUUAUAGUGUUCCAUCCCCGCUGA